AUGAGCUACUCAGUCUCAGCGGCACAAUUAUGGUCACGAAAACUAGCUAUGCAAGCUGAAGAUAUGCAAUUGAGUCAAAAAAAUACGAACAGCCGUAUUUUGAGUAUCAUAGGAGAGAUGAAAGUGCUACAAGAAGCGACGAAUCAAAACAUGGAUCAAAAUUUCAAAUCUGUCACUCAAAAUCACCAUCAAGUUUCGUCCUACAUGUUUCAAACGUUAAACAACUUCCAAACUUAUCUCCAAAAGGUGGUGGAAGAACAACAGAAAACCAACUUGCGCAUGGAAACCCUGGAAAAAAACAUAUUUAAUAUACAAGCUCAACUGGGGUCUAUUCAAACAGAGCAAGAAAACGGGUUUAAACAUUUAGAGAAGCUUAUAAAGGAGUCGACCGCUACUACAAUGGCUGCUACAAUGAAACAAAUGUCAGCAAAAGAACCAAAACGGAAAACCACUACGACUCAUUCAAAACCUGUCCAGGCGAAUCCAACGUCAGCAGCAAAAAGAAACGCAACUUCCAUGAGAAAAAGGGUUUUAGCUUUGGACUUCUUGGCUGAAGAUGACUAUUAA